GGUUCCGCCCGCUCAGUGUCGCCCGCGCUCCGCCAUGGAGUGACGCCUCCUGCUGCUGCUCCCUCCACCACCUCGCUCCGUCUCCUCCUCGCUCGUGAACCUCCCUCCUACCUCCUCCUCCUCAAGUCCUCUCAGCUCCGUCGGGAAGCCUUAAUGGAUGGGAAACUGCCUGAAAUCCAGCUCGCUCGACGAUGUCUCGCUGCUGCACGACUCGGACGCCGCUAGCACGGGCGGCGUGGAGGACCGGGAGCCGCUCCGCGACUACGCGGGGCCCCCGCCGCCUUACCGGGAGGAGGCGGGAGUGCCCGUUUACCACCUGACGCCCACGCAGACGCGGCUGGCCACGCAGCUCACGGAGGAGGAGCAGAUCCGCAUCGCGCAGCAUCUGGGCCUCAUCCAACACCUGCCGCGUGGAGUCUACGAGCCGGCACGCGACCCCGCCACCGCCGAGAAACGCGGCCGCGAGUGCGUGAUCUGCAUGCUGGAGUUUGUGUGUGGAGAUGCGGUGCGCUUCCUGCCCUGCCUGCACACCUACCACGUGGAGUGCAUCGACGACUGGCUCAUGCGCUCCUUCACCUGCCCCUCAUGCAUGGAGCCCGUUGACGCCGCUCUGCUCUCCACCUACGAGACGGGAUGACGCCCGCGCGUGCCCGCACGUGCCCGCACACGCAUGUGCCCGCACGCUCGCUCACUCGCUCACAAAGUAGGCACGUUGUGACCAACGGUUCAAUGAUGGGAUUGGGCAGCUUGCCUCAAUUUACGCGAUUGGUCGAUUGAGUAGUGUCAGAAUUCAUUGCGUACUGAUUGGAUCACUUCCGAGACAAUUGAUAAUCCGAUUAUCACAGAACAUCCAUCUCUGCGUGAAAAGGCCAAUCUCUUGCGAAGCUGGCAAUGUAACAUCUGUCACGUGUCCCUGCUCAUUUAGCGGCUGACGCAAAUGGUCCGCAUGGAGAUUCAAACCUUGGAGCUCACCAAGCAUCUUGCUGCCAACUUUAUUCGAUUUGAAAUAAUUAAAAUUUCACAAACUAGGCCUGUCAUCAAAUUCACUGGCAGACUUCGUCAUCAUAAAUUAUCUCCAAGGCAAAGAAAUGUUUUGGUUUCGGUUAGUCGCGAAUGACUCGGUAGUGUUUAUCGGCACCCGGUACUAAAUUUCUUACUGCGCUGGGUUUGAUGUCCCGCGGCUUUCGCACCUGAAGCCUAUUUGGCUUUGCACGCGUGCAGUUGUGACAGAAGCUGCCCAAACCAUCCAUGUUGCGUCGUCAAAGUGGGGAGAGCGAGCGUCUGUUGUUUAUCCUUUCCCUAAUCCUGCCCCAGCAGCAUUGUGCCCCAGGUGCUGCAUCUCCUGCAGUGUUUCUUCCUGGUCCUGAGCAAGGCUGGGCUGGGCUGGUCAGGUUUAUUUACUGCGACGGUCUGUUCCCUUGGCAUUGUAAGUGUACCCAGGAUGCCAUAAGAUAAUAACAUUAUCUGUUGUUCUGUAAGAGAGUCGGUUAACUUUUAAACAAGUUAUGGUGGGGUUGAGAGCAGUGAUGUCACCACCUCUUUAAGAAUAAUCACGGUGUAAUUUUAAUUAAGUGACAUCACUGGUUUUUUUUUUUACAAAUCUAACGUAAAAUAAGUUUAUGUGAUGGCUUGGGGGAGGCCUUCAUACAGCAGUAUAUUGGUCAUUGCUGAUGUUGAAGGGAUUCGGUGAUGUUACGCCCUUACUCGCUUAAAAUAAUUUUGGAACAUUUUAAUAAUUGGGUAAAAGUAAAAUUUUAAAACAUCCUUUCCUUCCAAGAUAUGGUUACUUUGGGGAAAAACAAAAUACUUCCCACUUGAUUUAUUUUCAACCAGGCCCUCUCACCUCCCUCCCCCCCCCAUCCUCACAGGUUCCUGCCAGCUCAGUUUUGAGUUUAACCCCAAUGUGGACUGCAAAGUCUCACUUGGUGCCUGGAGCGUUAACAGGGAAGCGGGUGGUGAGCAGCAGGCACACUGUAGUGGCUAACGCCGAUGAGAACGUUGGCUGACCUUGCCGCAGCCCUCAAACUUCCUUCCACGAAAUCAGGCAUCACAUCUCCCUACAACUUGGUAUUGGAGAAGAAACUUUCCCGGGGGUUUAGAGUUUAUGCAAUCGUGGCAGCGUGUGAUUGUGCACUCCGGUAUCAUGCAUUCAAUGUACACUUUUUUUCCCCCUCUAUAAUUUGUUGUGGGUGCAUUUGAUGGCUAUUGAGUCUGCACCCAUCCUCCUGUGUAACAGUACUCGUAUUCGGCCGUGCGCUUGGUGCUUGGUUGCCUACUGACCGAGUGCCGUGCCAAUAUUUUUGUGCGUACACCGCGCUGGUUCUCUUCUGGACGAGCGUGGAGAUGGAGUUGUGGACGACAAGACCGGGGUUUGAGGCUUGUGUGCUUUUAACCUGAUGGUGGGGGCGGGGUGGGGGGGGGGGCUGCUCAGCUAUACACAGCACGGUUAGUGUUUGCGGGCGUGUAAAGUUCUUGUGUGACAUGCUGUAAAGUGUUCGCACGUUCGCACGGAUGCUUCGUUUUUUAGUCCCAAAUGCUCCAUUGUAAGCUUCUCCAAACAUUUGUAAGCAAUUGCAUUUCUGACCAACAAAUGUGAUUGGAAAUUUGAUCAAUAUUGCUGAAUUGUGAUAAAUAUAUCUACUGGUAGUUUUAAAUAUGUUACGUUAAGUAAGAAAAACUGGUGGGCAAUAGGUGCUAUAACUUUGUUUUUAGUAGUGGUUUUAUGGAGCGAUAAAUAAUCAUUAGCGAUAACUGUAGCUGUAUAUGCUAGGGAUGUGAUGAUUGUUACACAAAAAAUGUAGCUUACAACUUUCACUGAUACGUUGAUGUAUGCUGUGUUUCAUACCCCAGUUAGAGUACCAAGUCACCACCACUGAGAUCACGUGAUUAAAACCUGGGCUGUCAUGUGCGAUUUAAAGCAAAUGUUUUCUCACCAUCUAGUAGCAAUUUGGUCUCAAGCAAGGCUACCAAAGCUUACAUGAAACCAUAUUGUAAAGGUGAGAUUUUCUUUUGCGAAUGUAAUUUCCUUCCACGAUGAAUGAUUAAUGCAUAGGUAGAUAGGGAAGGAGCGAAUCGCUCGUCUGCACAGCUAAGGAACCACCUUCAUGUGAUCGUGGUGAGAAAGAGGAUCCACAUCAGAGGCAAUUACGGCCUUGGUCCUGUUGUGUGUCUUCCAAGGAAGGGUAUGCCCCCGAUAGCGCUGGUCAAUACGGACAACCCUAAUCUUGAGUUGUACAUCACAUACACGAUGCAUAUCGUUAUCACAGGUGUAACAUUGCUAAUGGAUAUCGUUGAGUAAGCAGCAAUAGCUUGCUGCUGCUGCUGCUCAGUUUCAAAGUAUUGCCCAAUUUAGGCAAUACUUUGCACUGUAAAUUGGCCAAUACUAAGUCGCUAUGAUUGCUGCUGUGAUUGUAAAGUCAUUUGGUGAUAUUAACAUAGCGUAAAAAAAUUCCAGAAUGCGCGUUGCUCGUCCUGGUAUGAAUAUUCAUCAGCCAUAUCCAGAGACGUCCAAAAACGGACUCUUUCCCCCGCCCUCCCCAUGGCAGUCAUCAUUGGCUACUGAACAACCACCAUCAUGGAUAUUGAGUACGAUACUUGCAUGUCCCAACAAUAACAUUCAAUUACAAAGCAGCUCGCUGCAACGGCAUGUCAAGAUGCUUUGUCACAAUUACCCUGCACAAUGCAACCGUGUAUCGCCUGCACAAUUGCCAGAUUGACACGAGGCUACAGUGAUGCCACGCUUUGAUCUCUGCAGGGCAUUUCCUGAUGGGCUGACGAUUACCGCGCUUCUUGCUUGGAAGCCAGUGACAUAAUUACGAAAAAUCCUUUAAACAACCAAAAAUCAUGCUAACAUUUAUUUAAACCGCUAUUGUCUGGUACCUUGGAUAUUAAUCACGGUAUUGCACAAAGCAUAUCAAUACAGUGAGAGUUCGCUUUUAAAUUAUGUGGCGUCUGUUUUUGGCAGAUUAGCCUAGAUGGUCAGUACGCUCGCCUCCAAUUUAAGGUUCGCAAAUUCACUCCCAAUCUGUCUCCUCAAAAAUAAUCACUACGGCGACAGAUAUUGCAAAUCCAAGUCCAGCGUGCACCGCCCAGUGCCACCAUGCGAGCCUACAAAUUGGAAGAAUGCGCUACGGGGGACAAAGUUAAUCACACCCCUCAAUGAGAAUGCAGGCCAGGAUUGAAGAAUCAAUCCAGCAUCGGUCAGAGAUGGAGUGUGUGUGCUGGGUCGCUGAUACAUAUGACUGAUUCCAGCACAUUGAUGAAGAUGAGAAUCAUGGUCAUGAGAAUUUAAACAUGCCAUAUCGUUGCACAUGGCAGAUUGCACUUCCCGUUAAAUUAUUUAUCUGUUUGCAAACUUUACAAUGUGAUGGCACGAAUUAUUGUCACGUCUAAUUAUCCUUUGCAACUCUAGAGCACAAUUGUGAACACUUGAUUGUGUGUUUACUUCAGAGCGUUAUUGUUAUUACUUUAUAAUCCUCUUCUUUCGUGUGGCUGAUGUAGAUGCAGAGCAAAAAACGGCAAUUUCAAGCCAGACAACCACAUUACUUCGUCCGGGAGAGUCCCUCAGACAGUUGGAGGAUCCUUGUCCCAGCGCCGAUCUGGCAUUGUUGUUUUGGCUUUGAAGAGGGGCUUGUGUGGUUGUUUUCAAGACCGGGAGAUCGAUGAUCGAUGUUCGGUCGCCGCGUCGUGAUUUCUCAUUUAACACAGUGGACCGCGUGAAGGCUGCCAUCUGUAUAAUGAUCGUUAUUAGAAAAGUGCAGGUCGGGAACAUCGCUAGGCAACACUAACCCUGCUUGAUUUGCACCACGCUUGUUUCAAUGCUGUGUAUAAACCAAGCCUAAACACAAUGAAAGUAACACAAAAAAAAACAUUGUUACUCUGUGGUAUUGGCUCAUUUUAACCAUAACCAAAAAGAAAAAAGCACAUGGCUACACUUUUUGGAGACCCAAUCGAAGGAGCCGCGUGCAUCUACAAACAAAAUUGAGAGCAAAUCGACAACCAUUGCUUUUAAUUGCAGACAUGUAGAAGAUACGUUCGUGCUUUGCAGAUGCGUCGAGACCGGAAAAUUGUCUUAAAUGUCAUGUCUCUUAACUCGCUUUUCUGUGGAGUUCCUUUACGAGCGAUUUCGCCGUUUUGCACAAUUGUUUACGUCGCUGCUGAGCUGAUGAUGAUGUGGACCAGCACAGAGCUUUUAUUUCUUCCCCCCCCCCCCCACCUAAUUUCGUGAAACCCAUGAUCGCGGGCCCCACUGAGACGGCUCAGAGAUGGCAUGUGAAAGGGCCUGCUCUCAAGAUAGAAAUGUGUGUAGGCAUUCUUAGUUUUACCCGAUUCUGUGGGCGUUAAUGAAACUAUUUACAAUCCCCAA